AGGGGACUUCUGGGCCCAGCAGUUAACUACCUGAAAUAUGUAUUAAAAAAACCGUUACAUUUUUUUAAAUAAAAUCACAAAAUAUGGUACCAGGAUUCUACCCAGGAAGAGAGAAAACUUAAAUUAAGAUAAUAAGACUAAAUAAUCGAUUAAAUAAUGCCUGAAAUGCCUGAAUUACUAGUAAUCUACUGUAUUUUUAUUCCGGCAACACUUGUUGGUGGCAUGCGUCUGUCACUGACUGACAGAUGCACUCGUUUGUUUUCUUUCAUUCUGAGUGCGCACAUAUUUUCCUGGUUUUACUAUUUAAACCCACGACCUUGGCUUUUCGACGGAUCUUGCUACUCUGAAUUACCUGGCUCUCGAUUUUGGACAACUGUUACGCCUAUCGAUUGGAUAUCGACGACAUGGAUCGCUGUAUGAAUUGUACGAUUGCGCUUGGUCGCAGUAAUUCUAUUGGAAGAAAAGUCUUGGAGGAUGAGGCGAUUUUAACAGUUAUUCGUCAGUGGCGUGCAUCUCAGCCUGUAACCAGUGAGAACGUUGUAUGCCAAGCAUGUUGGGACUUGGCCCAAGAUGUGGUUCUUGGAAGACGUGCGAUUGAUGCACCAACCCAAGUUGGCCAUUCAAGCGUAUGUCUCCGCUGUGGUCGUUCACUCUUAGCCCGGCGGUUCAACCACCUUCUUCGUAAUGAUUCUGCUCGUGAAUCUGCGAUAUAUAAUGUGAUUAGAGAGUGGAUUCUACCACAAACGGUGGACGAGGCAAGUCGUAUAUGCCAUUCCUGUUGGAUAUUAGCAGACAGAGCUGCUGUUCAUAUGAGUACAGGUCCUUCGACUUCCUCACAAAGUAACCCACCGCCAGCCCAAUCAUCAGUUGGUGUUUCUGUUGGACAAUUGGAUGAAAAUCAUGACAACAUUCUACACGAACCUGAGAAUGUUUCCAUUCAACCAGAACAAAACCAAGGUAAUGAUGAUGUGCAUGAACCCUCAGUGGAACUACAUUCACCAAGUGCCCCAAUUGUGGAACCAGUACAACAGCACCCUGAACCAACAAUUGUAUUGCCAGAUUAUAUGCGGGCAGUUGAAACAGAGCGACGGUGCUUCAUAGAAGGUUGCCAGAGAACUGAACGAUAUAGAGUUCCUCUAGCAACGAGAAAAAUGUUGCUUAAUGAGCAUAAAUAUUAUGUACCACAAAAUAAUCGACUUUGUGAUAUACAUUUAGUAAUUGAGGCAUGGGACUUCCUUGAUAGUUUAAGGAGUAAUUAUUUACAAACAUUUACUGCAAGACAUAUCCAAGAUAUGUUUACACUAAAAGAAACCCCAAAAGAAAGGUUUUGAAUUUUGAAAAUAUUGAUAAUAUGGACGACCAUGUUGUGCAUACCUGGAUCGGGUUUACUAAAGUUCAGUUCCGUCAAUUAUUUGAUGAGGUUCCACAAUUGAUAGAAAUUCGUAAUAGUUCUUCAGUUUUAGCAGCCUAUCUUAUCAAAUUAAGAAGUGGGGACUCAAAUGAAAGAUUAGCAACAUUAUUUAAAACAUCUAAGAAAACUUUAGCCAAGUGGCUGUGUCAAGCCCGUGACAUAUUAACUGAACAUUUUGUGCCUCGGCACUUAGGUUUAGAACACAUCACUAGAGAACAAAUAAAAGAAAGGAACUUAGCCAUUCCUAGUGCUUUAUUUGAAGGAGAUUCUAGGCCCAUCGCUAUAUUUGAUGGAACUUACUGUUAUAU